ACCCUACCCGUGAGCAAUCUCCCAUUCUCUUUAGUUCGUUAGUGGUGUGUUAACCUCCAAUUGCUGAAAGUAACUGCCGAUCGCGUGGAGGAGACGAAAAAAACAUCCAUAAUAACGAUAUUCCAACAACCGUAACAAAAAAUUAGUGUCUUGUAACAGAAAAAGUUUUACAAAACCGCUACAAUGACAAUUGGCAAGAACAACAAGAUGCUGCAACAUAUUAAUUACAGAGUUCGGAUUAUUCUCCAAGAUUCUCGAACUUUUAUCGGUACUUUCAAAGCUUUUGAUAAACACAUGAAUCUUAUUCUUGGAGAUUGUGAAGAAUUCCGGAAAAUUAAGCCAAAAAAUACAAAACAACCAGAAAGGGAAGAAAAAAGAGUCUUAGGUUUUGUAUUACUUAGAGGAGAAAAUAUUGUAUCUUUGACCGUUGAGGGACCACCACCUCCAGAAGAAGGUUUGCCUAGAGUUCCUAUCCCAGGAGCAGCUCCAGGACCGGGCAUGGGGCGUGCUGCUGGUCGUGGUAUGCCUGCAAAUGUGGCCGGUGUUCCACCAGGCUUACAAGGACCCGUCAGAGGAGUCGGAGGACCAUCGCAACAGAUUAUGACUCCUGGUGGUCGAGGGCAAGUGUCAGCUCCACCACAAAUGCAUCCUGGUGGUCCACCGCGCAUGCCAGUUGGAGGUCCACCUCCAGGAAUGAUGGGACCACCUCCAGGAAUGAUGGGUAUGCCACCAGGCAUGUCUCCAAUGGCACGUACUGGGCCACCAAUGGGACCUCCUGGGAUGAGAGCUCCACCACCAGGUAUGAUGCGUGGUGGUCCUCCUCCUCGUCCGUAUUAAUUUACAUUCCAUUUUAUUAAGAAUUGGAAAUAAACAAGAUUUGCAAUAAAUUAAUCUUUUGUAACUGUGACAUGUUUUGUGUAUUUUACUUU